UCGAGAGGUUGUAGUGCUGUAGUGGAGCGCGCGAGUGACAUGGCUGCUCAAACUCGAGCUCUCGUAGCGGCGCGAUGGCUCGCGGACGCUGUCAAAAGCAACCGAGUGGGACCAAAUCUGCGGAUAUUAGAUGCAUCUUGGUAUUUACCUAAAACGAAACGCAACGCUUGGGCCGAGUUUGAACAAACUCACAUUCCCGGAGCUUCGUUUUUCGACAUCGACGAGUGUUGUGACAAAAGCUCCGAGUUUGAUCACAUGCUGCCUACUACCGUGGGCGAGUUCGCAGACUAUGUGGGUAAUCUGGGAAUAGGGAACAACACUCAUGUCGUCGUUUACGAUGCCAGCGAUUUUGGUUUGUUCUCUGCACCACGGGUGUGGUGGAUGUUUAGGGUGUUUGGACACAAUUCCGUGUCGGUUUUGAACGGUGGGUUAAAGAACUGGUUAAGGGAGGGUCAUCCCGUUACCGAGCAAUAUAGUAAACCAGCGCGUGCCGAGUUCAAAGCGUCCUUUAACAAGUCCUGGGUCAAAACUUAUGAAGACGUUUUGAACAACAUUAAAACCAAUGCAUUUCAAGUAGUCGACGCCAGAGCCAAUGGAAGAUUUCGUGGGGUUGAACCAGAGCCAAGGGCAAACACAGAGCCUGGUCAUAUUCCUGGAUCGAUCAACAUGCCUUUUCCCAGCUUCAUGGACUCGACAUCAGGUCUAGAACAUCCUGUGGAGGAACUCACCAAGCUCUUCCAGCAGGCAGGAGUUGACAUGCAGAAGCCCUUCUGGGUCACCUGUGGCUCAGGUGUGACAGCCUGUCACAUUGCCCUCGCCGCUCACCUGUGCGGCCACCCGGGGGUCUGUCUGUACGAUGGAGCGUGGUCCGAGUGGUUCACCAAGGCAGCACCUGAACAUGUGAUCUCUGAGGGAAAAGGAAAACAGCAGCCAUGAUGGUUUCUUAGACCCGUACGACACCGUUUCUUCGGAAUAAAGAACUGAUGACUAAUGGAAUCACAAGAAGCCUCAUUUUGAUCUGAAAUGAUUGCACAAUUAGGCUAUUAAGCUUUUUUUCUGGUUAAAAUAACAGUUAUAUAAAUCUAGAAAGAGAGUUACAAGAAUUCAUAGCUCAAUUCAGCUGUCAGAAAGAAUACAGAAACAUUCAGUAUUUCAGAAAAAACCUCUAGAAUGUAAUCAGAUAAAAAAAAUCUAAAUGUUGUUAAAAGGAUAUUUUUUAUAUAAAUAUAAUGUAAUUAUUGUGCAUUUAAAAUAAUGCACACCCGAUAGCCUAUUUGAGGGGAAAUUAAUGUUUAAUUAUGCCAAAUAGAAUUUUUAUGCAAUAGAAAUGUGAUUUUACUAUUUUACUCUUAA